AUGAUGCGUCCCAACUUUGCAAAUCUCAAAUCAUUUGAGUACCCGGACGAUUAUCUUUUGAAGCUCAAGGGAAUCAUUCACGACGAAGAAAUGAAGCACCCAGCUUCAUCGGACGAAAACAACGACCGCUGCCUCAUGGUCAUUAAGCGUGGCCGCGCCACUGGCCUAACCAUUGGCCGUGCCAACGAAAUCUGCUCCUAUGUCCGCGAAGGCUACUCUAAGUAUGGCGUUUACGGGACUUCAAAAGAAUGGACGAUUAUCCCGUGCGACUCCAAGCAUGGCCCCUUCUCGCUCGCGGGCGACUCAGGCUCUGUCAUCGUCGACGGCCAAGGACGCAUUGGCGGCCUCCUUACUGGCGGU